UUCCAUCGACCCACGAAUGUUCUGCUUCCUUUCCCAUCCCUCACCCUCGAUGCCCUAAUAUCAGAGCUCCUCUGUCUUCUCUUUCUCCUGCAUCCUCGCCCGUUAGCAGUGAAGUGGUGCAGCCAAGCCUUCAGUUCUUCAACUUACAGCAGAUUUACAGCAGGCAAGAGAGUUCAAAUCCCUCUGCAGAUCAGUUGCAGGGAGAGAGAGUGAGAGGGAGAGAGAUACAGAGAAAGAAAUGGUGGAGGACGGUGGUCGUGUUGACAUGGAGUGGUGCAUUGCACAGCCGAAGAUCGAGCUCCAUGCUCACCUUAACGGGUCCAUUCGAGAUUCGACCUUACUAGAGCUUGCAAAAGACUCAAGAGAAAAAGGAGCCUUAGCUUUCUCUGAUGUAGAGCAUGUCAUAAAAAAAUGCACUCGCUCUGUGAUGGAGUGCUUUAAAUUGUUUGAUGUGAUCCGCACAAUUACAACCGAUCAUGCUGCUCUCUCGAGAAUCACUAAAGAGGUUAUUGAAGAUUUUGCUGCUGACAAUGUUGUCUAUCUGGAAUUGCGAACGACACCCAAGAAGAACGAACAAAUUGGAAUGACUAAAUGCUCUUACAUGGAGGCAGUAUUAGAUGGUAUGAGGGCUAUUGAGACAGUAGAAGUGUCAUUUCUUCCUUCAUGUGGAAGCAAAGAGAAACUUGAACAGUUUCCCAACACCAAUGUUGCAAUAAAUGGGGAAAAGAGGCGGAAACUAUAUGUCCGCCUUCUUCUUAGCAUCGACCGUUGUGAAAGCGCUGCUUCAGCUAUGGAAACAGUGCAGCUAGCAUACAAAAUGAGACAUCUAGGUGUAGUUGGUGUUGAUCUUUCUGGAAAUCCUUUGGUUGGAGAAUGGUUAACCUUCUUACCAGCAUUAAAGUGGGCUAAAGAAUAUGGCCUUGCUAUAACCCUCCAUUGUGGGGAGGUAUAUAAUCCCAAUGAAAUAAAGGCAAUGUUGGAGUUUUGCCCUCAGAGGGUAGGCCAUGCCUGUUGGUUUGAACAAGAAGAUUGGACAAAGUUGAAGUCACUAAACAUCCCAGUGGAAGUAUGCUUGAGCUCUAAUGUCCAGACCUGUCGCGUGUCUUCCAUACGUGAUCACCACUUUGAUUAUUUGUAUCGCAACAACCUUCCGUUGGUUCUUUGCACUGAUGAUUCUGGAGUUUUCUCAACUAAUCUCUCUAGGGAGUAUUAUCUUGCUGCUUCGACAUUUGGUCUCAAUAAAGCUCAGAUGUUCGAACUUUCCAGAAAUGCGAUCAAGCAUGUAUUUGCAGAUGAAAGUGUGAAGAUACUCUUAAACAGCAUCUUUGAUUCUGCUCAAAGAGAGCUAGCAAUUGCAGUCGGCUCCGGCAAUUCCUGAACAACUUUCAGUGGGAAUGAAUUGUUAAGCUAACUGAGACCUUAAGCUUCUGUUUAAGGAUGUGCUUCCAUUAGUUGAAUCCCAUGUUUUCUUCAAUCAA